AUUUUUUAGUAUUAAAAAAAAAAAAAAAAAAAGAAGACUGAGCCGACAAACAUAUCCUGCCCCACUUUCCUUUCUGCUUCGCGAUCAAAUCCUGACCGUACAUCCCUACUCCCUCUGCAAAACGUCCCCCUGCUUAAAAAGCCAGAAAGAAAAUCGAAGUCUCCCUCGUUUCCUCUUUUAAAAAACAAGGCAAAUCAUAUUCAGAGAGAGAGAGAGAGAGAGAGAGAGAGAGAGAGAGAGAAGGAGGGGGGGAGGGGGAACAAGGAGAAUUAUCAGAGAGAAACAUGUCGGGAGGCAUAGCGCGUGGUCGACUCGCUGAGGAGCGAAAGGCGUGGCGUAAGAAUCAUCCUCAUGGUUUUGUUGCGAAGCCGGAGACUCUGUCUGAUGGAACGGUGAAUUUGAUGGUGUGGCAUUGUACUAUCCCUGGUAAAGCUGGGACUGAUUGGGAAGGUGGUUACUUCCCCCUGACACUCCAUUUCAGUGAAGAUUAUCCCAGUAAGCCACCAAAAUGUAAAUUCCCGCAAGGUUUCUUUCAUCCAAAUGUUUACCCUUCUGGAACAGUCUGUCUGUCAAUUCUCAACGAGGAUAGUGGAUGGAGACCAGCCAUUACGGUGAAGCAGAUUCUUGUGGGCAUACAGGAUUUGCUGGACCAACCAAAUCCUGCUGACCCUGCACAGACAGAUGGUUAUCAUCUCUUCAUCCAGGAUGCUGCAGAGUAUAAGAGAAGGGUCCGCCAACAGGCCAAGCAAUAUCCACCUCUUGUCUAGUAAAUUCACUUUAUAUAUUGACUCUUUGUGCAUGGCAAAAGUAGCCACGACAACUUGUAUAAUGUGAAAACCUGCUUUUGUUAGAGAGUGUUGGUAUUUGGUAAUUCCCGCAGUUCCUCUGGUUGGAGUUUGCAUGGGUGAACCGUAGUCACUUAUUUACAUGGAUUUGGAUUAACAGCUGUUGAUAUAUUUAAUGCAGUUAGCUAGUGACUCAA